AUGAUGCCUGUUGUAGACAAACAAGCGGAGAAUAGGACCCUCAAGCAAUCUAAUGAGGAGCUGGAGGGCAGGAUACCUCAGCUGAAUGAGAGUAUCAUCAAGGCACGCAUUGACAAGACCGCAGGGGAGUGGUGGUCUGUUGUAGCCAAUAAGGCAGGGAACCCUACGGCGGAUACGCUGUCACCUAAAGAGCUGAUAGCAGCACUGAAACCCACUGGAGACGUUUUGGAUAGUGUUAAGAAGUGUGGUGCGUUGACCAGUGCUGAUGUACUCGGCUUCCUGCACGCAUGUGGUGAAGAAAGCACGAUUGGUCUCACGCAGAUCUGGACUGACUCUAUGAAAGAGGGCCAGCAGCCAGUCGGAGACGAAGAAGAUGUUAAGGCUUGGUGGAAUGCAUUGUUCCAAUGGAGGGCUGAGAUACAACAGCAGCAGCAGCAGGAGGCGUAG